AUGUAUCAAGACUGCUUUUACAUAAACCAAACUAACACUACAUUGGAACAAGAUCAAUUGCUGUUACAAGCAAGCUACUUUCCUGCCGUUACAGACAUUGCUCCACAUCAAAUUGGCCAUCUGUACUUCAAUUUGCCCUCGGCAGUAUCAGCAACAUUAGAUCAAGAUUUGGAUUUGGCAUUCAAUGCCUCAUUAUCGUCGCCUUGUUCAGACUCUACAACAUGGUCAUCUUGUUCCUCGUCACCUUCGCUUGAUGUUGAAAAGGUGUUCAACUUUAACUUACAACAAAAUGAUAUUGAGUCAUUCUUGCUAUCCGACUUACCAAAUCAAAUCUCAACAUUGGAGCCAUCCUAUCAAUCACAACCACAACCACAACAGCAAGCGCCAGUGCAACCACAAACACGAUUGUCAUUAGAGCAGCACCAUCAGCAUCCGCAACGUCAAGUGAAGGCAUUCGCAUGUUGCGCAUGUCCACGUUCAUUUGCUCGUAAGCAUGAUCUUCAGCGUCAUAUUAGAGUGCAUACAGGUGCUAAACCCUAUUCUUGUCUUAAUUGCACAAAGGCAUUUGCACGUACGGAUGCCUUAAAGCGACACUUACGAAUGGAAGAAGCAUGUAGAAUGAGCCCAGUCAUUCAAGCAAUGAAGAACACAGGAAGCAGACGAUACAGAAAUCUCUAA